AUGAGGCGAGGGGACAGAACCGGUACAACGUCCAGACCCAAUCCGGAACGAUUCCGCACCCCAGACAAGCCUGCGACAGGGCGCUCCUCAACGGUGUCGGACAGAUCGAAACGAACUAGCCUUCUCUCGAGGGGAAGUAGUCACGGAACCCCCGCGUCGUCGAACUCGACAUUCAGAUCGUCUAGAAGGGACACAGGGCCCAGUGAACAGGGCCAACCGACCCUCACCCAGAUCGACUUCGUGACGCCCGUGUCGCAGAAUGUCCCGUCCAGCGAUGAUCUCGACUAUAUCGGGGACCACGGACAACAAAACUAUGCGCGUAAGACUAGCGAGGUGAUCGAGCUAGACGACGACUCUGAGGACGAUACCGAAUAUAGACCUUCGAAUUCGAAUUCAGAGAAGAGACGAAGCCGGGGCGUUCGAUUCGACACAGAUACAGGGAGCAAUAAAAAACGCAGGAAGAGUGAUUCUACAAACCAAAGUGGUCGAAAUGCCGAACGGAAUCGAAGAAAGAGUGACGAUAGCGUCAAGGGGAAGAAGAAGGGCAAGCAGCCGCAGUCGAAAGAACAGCACAAGACUCUUACGCAAAUGGAUUAUGUACGCCGUUACUUGAAGAUCGAACCGGAUGAUGAAGUGAAGCUGGAGUAUACGUAUCAAACGCCCAAGAAGCAGAAUGAGCAGAAACCCGACAGGAAGCCCACGCCCGCUGCGGAAGACGCACGACUGGGCCCCAAUCUUGGGCAGGGGUAUUCAAGCGAGCUGAAGAGAAGAAAGCCAAACCGCCCGGAGCUAAAUAAGAUUUCGGAGCCGGUGGCAUAUCGGAAAGAUGGGAAAUCGUUGAAACAGCCAGUUACUCCACAGAAACCGCGGAGGUCUGAAAUACCUUCUUCACAAUCACCCGAAAGUCCCGGACUAGCUAUCAUCUCUUCUUCUCAAUUCCGCAGUGCAACCCGCUCUCCGCUGAAAAGGCCACCUUUAUUGGCCGCUGAUAUGCCUAUAAAAAAGGAAUCACCGAAGCAUGAACACAGCGGAGAGGGAGAUAUUCUUAAUGCAAACCAAGAUGCUUCACCGUUCCGUGAUACGUCGCCACCCAUGAUGCUGGAUUCUCCGCUGUCACAGAAACACGCUGUACCUGAAAAUCCUAUCGUUAAUGUUUUCGACACACAACCCAAUCCUUCAAGUGAGCAACCUCUAGAGAGGGGCGACCUUGAACCCGAUGAAGCGAACAAGCCCCCCUCGACCACCCAGCGCACUGUGGUAUAUGAAACUGACGCCGAAUCCGACUACGGUGAUUCCCAGGACAAUUUGUCCAGCCCUCUUGGGUCUCCCACAAAACGACAGUCAGUUGAUCUUGGGCAUGAUGAGAGCAAGGAAGAUGACGAUCUGGAAAAUGAUGAUUCACAAUACCUCCCGCCCCCGCCCGUCCCUCCAUUCGGACAGGAAACAGACUCAGGUCUACUGAACUCGGAAAACUUGACAUCCGAUGCAUCUGUUUAUUACAAAAGGGUGCAGCCUGCCACGCAGUUCCCGCUCGAGCCGAUACCUACUCUGAACACGCAGAAAUUGGCCGAGCUUUUCCCGAACGAGUCGAGUCAACUGCGGACGCCUGUGAAGAAACCGCGAUUACUUUCAGACCCCAACAACUGUAUACCUUCUACACAAACACAGACGCCCACCCAAACCCAAACCCAGACUCAAUCACAAACUCAGUCUCAAGACGCGGAUAAAACGCCGACCGAGAUCGUUCCCGAAUCUUCACCCAUUGCCCGACAGGAAGAUGGCAGUGCGCCCAACAGGGAAACGCGCUUCAAGCCCAGGCUCCAGGAUGCAGUGGUACAGGUCGAGUCCUCACAACCAGCUGAUAAGCUCCCUCGAGGGGAAGGCCGAAAGCAGGACUCCUAUCAGGGUGGUAUAUUGUCAGAGGGUCAGAUCCUCACCUCCAGCGUCAUGGAAAGCGUGUCUAUGCCAGCUUAUGACCACAUCCAGGAGGAGAUCUUCACCUCCAACGAUGCCUCCAAGAAAGAAGACGCCAAGGACCAGUCGACCCCCGCCGACCGACCCAACGUCGACCUGAACACCGAGCUGCAGGAAACCUUCCGCGCAUUCUCCGCCAGCCCGUGGGGUGCCCGCAUCGGAGGAUUAUGGGACAACGUUCGCAAACAGGGCGAGAGCUACUACGAAGGCGCUAGACAGGAAUAUGCCGCUGCCAGCGAAGAGGCGGUCAAGGGCUUCUCGGACCUCAGGGAGACUAUCGUCGGACGCACGCGCGGUCUGUCCCUCAGUACGCCGUUCGCUGCUCCAGGAAGCACCGAGAAGACGUCAGAUGAGGCACCUACGCCUACUGCGUCCCGCGCGGGAGAGGGUCCGGCCGCGGAAGGAGGAGAGACCAGCGAGAAGAGCGUGGAUGGUGCGGGCGCAAACGCAAACGCCAACGCAGGCGAGGGGUUCCUAUCUCGCUUCAAGGCCGAAGCGGGUCGACGGUUGAAGGAGCUCGAGAAGGCGGAGGAGGCAGCUGACGAGGCCAUCUUGCGGUUUGGACAGAAUAUCGGCCAGAAGCUGCGGGAUGCCGUGAGCAUUGUGCCGCCGGGUACGGAUUCCAACAAGAUCCUGUUCGAGAGUAAGGACUCGGAGGGCAAGCGGGUCAUUCAUGCUACGCGGUUCGAGGCCCAGCUCCAUGUCAUCCACUCCAACCUGGACAGCUUCACCAAGGACCCGGUCAGUGAUGAGUGGCCUACGUUCCAGAAGGAGUUCAACGUGGACACCAAGACUAGCGCCAUUGCGGCCGACCUCGAGAAGUAUCCUGAACUCAGGGCUGCGAUGGAGAAGGUUGUGCCUGAGCAGGUUGAGUAUGCGACGUUCUGGUGCCGUUACUAUUUCCUUCGUCUCGUGAUUGAGACUGAGGAGCAGAAGCGCAAGGAACUCCUUAAGGGUGCCAACGUGAACGAGGAAGAGGAGGUUGCCUGGGAUGACGACUCUGACGACGAGACCGACUCGCCUGCGACUCCCCAAGGAAAACCUAACAAGCCCACCGAAGCCCAGAGCUCGGCUCCCACCACCGAGAAAAACAACCUUUUGAAGCCCAACGAGCCUCGCCGCUCCAACGACCAGCAAUCCCAAGCAGACAGCGAAUCCAGCUAUGAUGUCGUCAGCGGUGCUACAAGCCGAACCCCCGCUAGCCCCAAGGAUAAGAACAAGGACGACGACAGCGACGAGGACUGGGAGUAA